GGUUACUUACAACACAUCGGUUUACCUUCUUCUUGCGGACUGUGUGUCCUAGGCCUGGCAAUUCGUUCGUCGCUGAGCUGGUGACCACCAACAAUGAAUUGGUUCGCAUCAUUGUUCUCGACUGAACGUAAACAGUCUGUACGACGAGGACAGGCAAUGUCGACAACGCACGAGGCGUUCUCACUCCCAACUUCGUCAUCGGGUCAUGGGCGACAUCCAGACGCUUUCAAUCCAGCGUCUUUGCAGACACCAGACCCACUCAGUCCAGCAUACACUUAUCCACCACAGUCACCAAUCUCUUCAUAUAGUUAUGUACCAACUUCCUCUCGUUCACGACCAACUUCCCUCCUUCCUCUACAUCAUACACCCCUCAUAGAUUCAAUGACACCACCGCCACCUUACCCCCCAUUAGAAAAUACUUGGAAUCGCCUAAAACUAUGGCUCGCUCGUGAAUACCCAGAACUAGGCGAUACCCUUAACUACGGCAUUCUUCCACAGGACCUCGCGCAAAUUGAGAUGCAAUUUGGUUUUGCACUACCGCAGGCAGUCAGGGAGUCUUAUCUUGUCGGGUGCUCAGAUGGUCUCUUCUUUGGCCUCUCGUUACUCCCACUCGAAGCUGUCCUUGAUGAAUGGCGCUUUUGGCGCGAAGUCGAUGAUGACCCUCAGACAGGAAGUAAUCCACGUCUGCGCGAUAUCAUGCGGUCAAUACCUGACGGCUAUGUGCGGAAAGAAUACUCGCAGCGUGGCUGGAUCCCACUCGUCGUGGAUAAGGCAGGCAACUACAUUGGCGUCGAUCUAAACCCUGACAAGGACGGCACCAUUGGUCAGGUCAUUGUCUUUGGGCGCGAAUUUGACACCAAGAUAGUGCUUUGGCACGGGGAUGGGGGCGGUGGAUGGGGGCGGUGGCUCGCAAAUUUCGUCGAUGAAUUAGAGAGUGGGGAAGGUUUUGAGCUAGGACAGGCAGGAGAGAGUGAAGGCAGUGAAGAUGGCUUGGGAUAUGAGGCCUACUUCUUUGACGGAAAUGGGCGGGGGCAAGGUGAUGGUGGUGGGGAGGCUGGGCCGGGGGGACUGCGGCUCACCGGAGAGUAUAGGGGGUUGAAUCCAAUGGAGGCAUGGGCUGACCGGAGCGUUAAGAAAUGGUACGAAUCAGGUUUGUUCCAAGCUGCUCCGUUACUGGAUGAGAAGAAGGGCAAGGCGCCGGAGAGACAUGGUCUUGGCGUUUUAAACCUCACUGACUCUGAAGUUGUUGUUCCUAUACCCGUUUUCACGGAUUUAAAACUCGCAGAAGAACCCAGUAUUAUAUCCCACCCACCUAUUCCCACCAUCGCCAUCACCAAACCCCCAGCUCCGUUGCCCGUCGGCCUACCGACUGUCAACGAUGUUAUCUCCCUUCCUUCGCCGCCAGAUUCGCGACGCUCGUCUAGCGAGGAUCUCGAAGCAGGACGUGGCCUCGGCAUGCGGGAAAUACCAGCAGACGUGGUAAUUGUUAAAGUUCCUCCUAGACGUUCACCUCCUUCGAAAGUUAUUUCUGCGGUAGACGACGUGCGCAUAGGGACACCACCCCCUACAAUAGAAAACGUCACUGACCUGCUUGCUGACUCUGCUCCUGCUAUGGAUGCAGUCCCACUCCAACCCUCGACUCCCACUAUUGAUGUGGCACAACUAGAGGCUUCUGGGUCAUCAGAGCCCAUUGUUACCCCGCGACUGUCGCAAGAGGCUGUUCAAGAAGCUAGCACGACUAUUCGGUUGGUCGGCGGUGGAGGCUCCUGUGGCAUUGUAGAUACCAACCCAGCAGACGAUGCUGUUUCCGACCCAGCAGCAGAUGCCAUGUCUGUGACUUCUUCAGGACCUAGCGACUCUCCGAAGAAGGAUAAAAUCCAUGAGAAGAGCAGGUCGAGUCUAUCGUCGCUGAAGAAGAUUGCUAACGUCGGUGGGGGCAAGCGGAAAAAGGACUCGAGCAGUAGCAUCAAAGAGACGAUAUGA